GUGAGCAAUAUUGCUUCCUGUACAGUAUCUCCUCCUCUUUUCAAGCUUCGAAGUGUUAAUUCAAGGUUUUAGAGAAUGGGAAGUACCAAUGAGACCAAUAAUGGUGCAUACACCUACGAGAACCUCGAAAGAGAACCUUACUGGCCAUCUAUGAAGCUCCGAAUUUCUAUUAAUGGGGCAGGAGGCUUUAUAGCCUCGCUCAUUGCUCGCCGUUUGAAGAGUGAGGGCCACUACAUUAUAGCUUCUGACUGGAAGAAGAAUGAGCACAUGACAGAAGACAUGUUCUGUCAUGAAUUUCAUCCGGUGGAUCUCAGGGUGAUGGAUAAUUGCCUCAAGGUCACUGAAGGAGUCGACCAUGUCUUCAAUCUUGCCGCGGAUAUGGGUGGGAUGGGCUCCAUUCAGUCCAACCACUCUAUUAUUAUGUAUAACAACACAAUGAUUAGUUUCAACAUGCUUGAGGCUGCUAGGAUCAAUGGGGUCAAGAGGUUCUUCAUUGCCUCUAGUGCUUGCAUCUACCCUGAAUUUAAGCAACUGGAAACUAAUGUGAGCUUGAAGGAAUCUGAUGCAUGGCCUGCAGAGCCUCAAGAUGCAUAUGGCUUGGAUAAACUGGCAACAGAAGAGUUAUGCAAGCAUUACACCAAAGAUUUUGGAAUAGAAUGUCGGAUUGGGAGAUUCCAUAAAAUUUAUGGUCCCUUCGGGACAUGGAAAGGUGGGAGAGAAAAGGCACCUGCUGCUUUUUGCAGAAAAGCCAUUACAUCUACGGAUAAGUUUGAGACGUGGGGAGAUGGACUUCAAACUCUAUCUUUCACUUUCAUUGAUGAGUGUGUUGAAGGUGUGCUGAGAUUGACAAAAUCAGACUUUCGGGAGCCAGUGAACAUUGGAAGCAAUGAGAUGGUUAGCAUGAAUGAGAUGGCUGAGAUUGUUCUUAGCUUUGAGAAGAAGAACCUCCCUAUCAACCACAUUCCUGGCCCAGAAGGUGUCUGUGGUCGUAACUCAGACAACACACUGAUCAAAGAGAAACUUGGUUGGGCUCCAACUAUGAAACUGAAGGAUGGGCUGAGAAUUACUUACUUCUGGAUCAAAGACCAGAUUGAAAAGGAGAAAGCUGAGGGCAUGGAUUUGUCAGUUUAUGGCUCUUCUAAGGUGGUGGGAACCCAAGCCCCUGUCCAACUUGGAUCCCUUCGUGCUGCUGAUGGCAAGGAAUGAAUUGGUUGGAAGCCAGUCAGCUCUUCUAGUUGCAGUCAAAGAAGGUUUUUCUAUUAUUAUAUAUUUCUAUUAG